AUGGAGGACGAAGGCAUAUACAGAUGUGCUAUCAUUGAUCUGACCCCAAAAGAAGCCAAGUUAACGGUCAUAGUUCCCCACGCCCCUCAGUUGAGAGGUUUAGAUGUUCCCAGUAAGGUUGGCCAGCAGCUUGUGUUACGAUGUGUAUCCUCUGGAGGGAACCCGCUACCAGAGCUGACCUGGUACAACGGCACUCGGGCUUUUACUGGGCAGCAAGUCAGGCGGCAGGAGAGCCGAGGUCAAGUUGAAGCUGAGCUCAAUAUUCCACAGCUGACCAAGUGGGACAACGGCAUGAACUUGACCUGCAGAGCCAGCCAGCCAUUCCCGGAGAUCACUUCUGUUCAAGAGUCGUGGAGUGUUCUGAACGUUCACUACGCUCCAGCCGUAUCAGUCCCUGUUCCAUCCGUGACCGCUGUGGAGGGAGAGCCGGCAACCCUAACCUGCCUGGUGGACAGCAGUCCUGCUGCCAGCAUCAGCUGGGGCAAACUUGGACAUCAGAUGCCUCUUAUACAAGACGUCAGGAGGCAGACGCUCCGAAUCACCAAUACAUCCCGCCAUGAUGCCGGGAUUUAUCAGUGUUCGGCGGAGAAUGGAAUCUUACCCAUCGGUGUGGGUACCGUCACUUUGGAUGUUCUUUACCGCCCGUUAAUCGAUCCCUCCAUGGAGAAGAAGGUUACCGUCCAGCAAGGCAACGAUGGCUUCUCUUUGAAAUGUCUGGCGGACGGCAAUCCGGAACCGCGGGUACGGUGGCGGCGGAAGGAUACAAACUUGUACUGGGAAAACCCGCUCCGGUUCCACCGGGUGAGCUAUGACGUGGAGGGGACGUAUCAGUGCGUCGCCACAAGCGACGGAUUCCCUCUGGAGGCUAGAGACACCUUCAUCGAUGUAGUGGGAAAACCCAUACUGCAAAGGAAGACAGGCUCAUCACCAAUAUCUGCCGCGGUGGGAGAAGCAGUUCGAAUGAGCUGCACGGUUGCUGCUGACCCAUUGCCGUCUAAAAUCAGCUGGAUCUGGAGAGAUGACGAUGGAGCAGAGAAGGAACUAUCAGCGGGUGUGAGCAGUAACAUAGUUAUCAAUGAGGAGGGCCAGGGAAUGACGUCAGCACUGACCAUACCUGACGUCACUGUGAAGAACAGCGGGAACUACAUCUGCACGGCGUCGAACGUCUUCGGAUCUGUCAGACGGAAUAUUCGUCUUGACAUCACAGGGUCCUUACCUAAGAUGAUCAUUAUAGCGUCUGUCUCUGCUGGUGCCAUAUUACUGGUCACAACUGCAGUUGUUCUGGUGAUCUAUGCAAAGAAAAGGGGCUGGAUCUGCAAGUCUCACAUAGAUGAACCUUUCCGAGUCCCAGUGUCCCGCCCGAUGCCGCCCGUGCCGAAGUACGUGUACCAGACCGGCACCAUUGACUCCGGUGUGGAGGACCUACAGGAGCUACAGGAGAUGUACGGGACUCUCAAACCGCGCCCUCCGCCACGGGGGGACACGGACUGGACAUCGGCACGACUCCCGAAUGCAGGACCAUUAGUCCACUCGACAUCCCUCCCUCCGUACCCCACAGAAGAAUGGUCCCGUCGUUACGACCCUGCCCACUGGAAUGUUGCACCAAUCACAGUUCAGGUUGUUGGUGACGCGCAGAGAGGAGAAUUUCAUUUACAGAUUCAAGACGCUCGCUUGGAGGACGCGGGACCUUACAUGUGUAACAUCUUUGGCCUGUCUCCUAAAGAAGUAAAGUUGACUGUUGUGGUGCCAGUGCCCCAGCCGCCCACCCUGAGCGGUGCAGAAGUGCCCGGCACGGCGGGGCAGCAGCUGGAGCUCAGCUGUACGUCUUCAGGAGGAAACCCGCCUCCUCAGCUCACCUGGUACAACGGCACGGAGGCGGUUACGGAGCGGUACGUGAGACGGCAACAACGGGGAGAUCAAAUUGAAGCUAACCUGAUCCUCCGGCGUCCGACCAGAUGGGAUAACGGCAUGAACCUGACCUGCAGAGCCAGCCAGCCGUUUCCGGAGAUAACUUCUGCUAAGGAAUCGUGGGCUGUCAUACAGGUGAAUUAUCCGCCAAGUAUAUCUGUUCCAACCACGUCGGUUCGAGUCAAAGAGGGGGAUCCUGCAGUUUUAUCCUGCCUGGUUGACAGCAAUCCUUCUGCGAGCAUCACCUGGACAAUACAGGGUCGUCCUGUUCCGGAUGGGGACAACGGGAAGGGCACUUUCCGGCUCCCCAGUACGUCUCGGCAAGACGCAGGGAUUUAUCAGUGUACAGCAGACAACGGAGUGCUUCCCAUGGCUGUGGGGACUGUGUCGCUAGACGUGCUGUACCCGCCAAGGGUUGAUCCUUCCAUGGAGAAUAAGAUCACCGUUCAGCAAGGGGAUGAUGACUUCUCCUUGGACUGUUUGGCGGAGGGAAAUCCGACACCGAGAGUGAAGUGGUGGCGGAAGGAUACAAACUUGUACUGGGAAAACCCGCUCCGGUUCCACCGGGUGAGCUAUGACGUGGAGGGGACGUACCAGUGCGUCGCUAUUAGCAACGGAUUUGCACAAAGCACCAAGGAUGUACACAUCGAUGUCAUAGGAAAGCCAUAUCUUGAUGGACACGGAAACUCGGCGAUGCUGUCUGCAGCAGCUGGAGAAACAGUCCGACUUGAUUGUGCGGUUUCUGCCGACCCUUUACCGUCUAAUGUCGCAUGGAUAUGGAGAAACAAGUACGGGAUGGAGACAGAACUAGACAGCACCACUUCUCACAUCGUGACGACUAGGAGAAACCAGAAGAUGACGUCAACACUGAGUAUCCCGGAUGUUGGCGUGAAGGAUGGUGGAGAUUAUGUCUGUAAGACAACGAACAUGUUUGGGUCGGUCAUGCGGAAUAUUCACGUGGAGAUCGAAGAGUUUAUCCCCAACGUUAUCGUCAUCACUUCUAUCGCUGCCGGGGCGAUACUACUGGUGACACUGGCGGCGCUUCUGGUGUUCAUCGCUAAGAGAAAGGGCUGGAUAUGCACGUCUCAUAUAGACGACCCCCUUGAGCUGCCAGCGUCCCGCCCGAUGCCGCCCGUGCCGAAGUACGUGUACCAGACCGGCACCAUUGACUCCGGUGUGGAGGACCUACAGGAGCUACAGGAGAUGUACGGGACUCUCAAACCGCGCCCUCCGCCUCGGGGGGACAAGAAAUGGGAGUCCGUGGGACUGUCCUACUCGGCAAACGGUGCCAGCUAUGAGGCAGUUCCAAUGCCAACCGCUGUUCUACUAGGCGCCACCGCAACACUUCGGUGCAGUUUCCGUGACCUGUCGCCAGAGGACAUGGUUACCUGGUCGGGGCCACCUGUUCCCACCCCACCCCUACUGAGAGGUUUGGAGGUUCCCAGUAAGGUUGGCCAGCAGCUUGUGUUACGGUGUGUCUCUUCUGGAGGGAACCCGCUACCAGAGAUGACCUGGUACAACGGCACUCGGGCUUUCACUGGGCAGCAAGUCAGGCGGCAGGAGAGCCAAGGUCAAGUUGAAGCUGAGCUCAUUAUUCCACAGCUGACCAAGUGGGACAACGGAAUGAACUUGACCUGCAGGGCCAGUCAGCCAUUCCCGGAAAUCACGCCUGUACAAGAGUCAUGGAGUGUUCUACGGGUUCAUUACGCUCCAGCCGUAUCAGUCCCUGUUCCAUCCAUGACUGCUGUGGAGGGAGAGCCGGCAACCCUAAGCUGCCUGGUGGACGGCAGUCCUGCGGCCAGCAUCAGCUGGGUCAAACUGGGCCAUCAGAUGCCACUUCUGCAAGACGUCAGGAAGCAGACGCUCCGCAUCACCAAUACAACCCGCCAUGAUGCCGGGAUUUAUCAGUGUUCGGCGGAGAAUGGAAUCUUACCCAUCGGUGUGGGGACCGUCACAUUGGAAGUUCUUUACCCUCCGUUGAUUGACCAAUCUAUGGAAAAGAAGGUUACCGUUCAGCAAGGCAACGAUGGCUUCUCUUUGAAAUGUCUGGCGGACGGCAAUCCGGAACCGCGGGUACGGUGGCGGCGGAAGGAUACAAACUUGUACUGGGAAAACCCGCUCCGGUUCCACCGGGUGAGCUAUGACGUGGAGGGGACGUAUCAGUGUGUCGCCUCAAGCGAUGGAUUCCCUCUGGAGGCCAGAGACACCUUAAUCGAUGUAGUUGGAAAACCCAUACUGCAAAGGAAGAUAGGCACAUCAACAAUAUCUGCCGUGGUGGGAGAACUAGUUCGCAUGAGCUGCACGGUUUCUGCUGACCCAUUGCCGUCUAAAAUCAGCUGGAUAUGGAGAGAUGACAAUGGAGCAGAGAAGGAAUUAUCAGCGGGUGUGAGCAGUAACAUAGUUACCAAUGAGGAGGGUCAGGGAAUGACGUCAGCACUGAACAUACCUGACGUCACUGUGAAGAACAGCGGGAACUACAUCUGCAUGGCGGCCAACGUCUUUGGGUCUGUCAGACGGAAUAUUCGUCUCGACAUUACAGGUUCCUUGCCUAAGAUGAUCAUCAUAACAUCUGUCACUGCUGGUGCCAUAUUAUUGAUCACAACUGCAGUUGUCAUGGUGAUCUAUGCAAAGAGAAGGGGCUGGAUCUGCAAGUCUCACAUAGAUGAGCCUUUCCGAGUCCCAGUCUCCCGCCCGAUGCCGCCCGUGCCGAAGUACGUGUACCAGACCGGCACCAUUGACUCCGGUGUGGAGGACCUACAGGAGCUACAGGAGAUGUACGGGACUCUCAAACCGCGACCUCCGCCAAGGGGGGACACGGAGUGGACAUCGGCUGGACUCCCUAACGCAGGACCACUGGUCCACUCGACGUCCCUGCCUCCGUACCCCACAGAAGAAUGGUCCCGUCGGUACGAUCAUGCUCAUUGGAAUGUUGCACCAAUCACCGUUCAGUCCGUGGUCUCAGCUACGAUGCAGUUCCGCUGCCAACCGCUGUCCUACUGGGCGACACAGCUACACUACACUGUAGCUUCCGCGACCUGUCGCCAGAGGACGUUGUUAGGUGGGAUGGGCCACCAGUUGGUUGGCGACACAUUGCGUGGGCAGUAUCAUCUACAGAUACUAAAUGUCCAACGGCAGGAUGAAGGGGUGUACAGAUGCACUGUUUUGGGUUUGGACCCAACAGAAGCCAAACUGACCGUAGUUGGGAGCAGACUUUCCACAUCCCAAGCGUUUCCCGCCAAGACGCAGGGACUUACAAGUGCUCUGCGGAAAAUGGCCUUCCUCCCAUUGGCACUGGGACCGUCACUUUGGAGGUUAUGUAUUGACCCCUCCAUGGACGAAAGGAUUUCCAUUCUCCAAGGUGAUGAAGACUUUUCCUUGGAGUGUGUCGUGGAUGGAAAUCCGAAACCUCAAGUCAGGUGGCGGCGGAAGGAUACAAAGUUGUACUGGGAAAACCCGCUGCGGUUCCACCGGGUGCGCUACGACGUGGAGGGGACGUAUCAGUGUGUCGCCACAAGCAAUGGGUUCACGCAGAGGGCAAAAGACGUUUUCAUUGACGUAGUAGGAAAGCCGACGCUAGAAGGAGAGGGAGACACCGCCUCUGUGUCCGUGCUGGCUGGAGAAAUCGUUCGGCUAGGCUGCACCAUCCAGGCUGACCCCCUCCCACAUGACGUCACAUGGACGUGGAGAAAUAGUCACGGUCAGGAGGAAAGGUUGACUGCUGGCUCCAGUCGCAUCGUUACAAUGAGAAGAAACCAGCAGAUUGCGUCAUCCCUGACCAUACCGGAUGUAGCUGUGAAGGACGGCGGAAAUUACGUCUGCAGGGCGACUAACAUGUUUGGGUCCGUCAAGAGAAACAUCCAUCUGCAGAUAUCAGACUCUUUCCCUGACAUUAUCGUCAUCACUUCCAUCGCCGCCGGAGCGACCUUACUGCUGACGGUAGCAGCGGUUGUGAUCCUCGUCGCCAAGAGAAAGGGCUGGAUAUGCAAGUCUCACCAAGAUGCGUCCCGCCCGAUGCCUCCCGUGCCGAAGUACGUGUACCAGACCGGCACCAUUGACUCCGGUGUGGAGGACCUACAGGAGCUACAGGAGAUGUACGGGACUCUCAAACCGCGCCCUCCCCCACGGGGGGAGAACAAAUGGGAGUUGGUUGGACUGUCCUACACAGGGUUAGUUCAUUCCACGUCCCUUCCGCCGUAUUCAGCGGUGGAGCAACGUAAUCAACCUGGCGAUGCUAUCCUGGGCAUCACAUCCAACAGCAGCAUUGAGCGGGUUGCCCCCUUGGGUUCCCCGGUAUCCAAUGACAUGGGUUGAUGGACAGCCUUCCCGGACGAUACAGCUGUGGCUGUCUGGUUUCCAAUGACGACGCUUGAGUGACAUCGCCCGUGAACGUCGCAGCUGUGGGGGCAGGCCGGCGCUGCAUAUUGACCUGUUGAUGACCUCUAUAAUCUUACUUCGAUUUUUGUUCUAUGUGUACAUGUCAGGUCUAGUAAGCGGGACAUAGCGCUGCAGUAAGGUCGUACUGUUGGAGACUCUCGCAAGAUUCACCUUCAUGUGUUUAGCUUUGAACUUCCGAUUUAAUCUGAUGUGUCUUAAAUAGCAUCAGUGAUAAUGGCAAUGUGUACAUGCCAGGUCCAGCAGGCGGGACAUAGAACUGCAGUAAGGUCGGACUGGUGGAGACUCUCGCAAGAUUCACCAUCAUAACUGCUUCUUUGUACAGCUUUGAACUUCCGAUGUAAUUCAAUGUGUUUUAAAUAGCAGCAAUAAUGUGAAUGGUUUCAGAUGUGUUGGUAAGCUUCUUUAAUAAAUAGUGAAGGGAAGAACUACUUGGUGGCACUGCUCGUCAGCUGUGUGUACCAACUAAACCUAUAAUCAUUGAUAUUUCUUUAUAUAUAAAUAGAAAAAAAAGUGAAAUGGAAUAGGUAACGCAUGUAGAUCCAUCCACAUGUAUGAUUGUUCUAGUUGUCUAGGUUUCCACUGACCAUGCCACUGCAUAAAGGCACAGCACUUCAUAAUGCACGGUCUUCCUGUUGUAGCGUAAGUCAAUUGAAAACGUUCGAUACCAAUAUCUCAGGCCUUCCAUCAUUAUAAACGAGUACGGUCUGUAGAUUAUACGUUAAAAGGGAUACAUCAUGUUGAAUAAACCGCACAAAUGCGUUAUUGACUGCGUGCAAAAUAUAGGAUUGACGAAACGU